AUGCUGACUGCACAUGCGCGACCCCGAGCAGUACUGCCGGAGCAGUAUGCCAAGGACUUCCCCCAGUUUGCAAAGGAUCUGCUGCAGUGGCACAUCAAGACCAAUGGCGACCAUUUGGUGCGCGACAACCCGACCUGGUUCGUGACGUUUGUUUGGUGCGAGGUGUGCAUCCAGUUGCCCUUCUUCCUCAUCGCCACAUACGCCUACAUUGCAGGCAAGAGCUGGAUCCGCAUCCCGGCCAUCAUGUACGGCGUCCACGCUGCCACCACCGUGCUGCCCAUGCUGGCGGAGUUCCACCUCGCCAGCCAUAUCACCGCCGCGCAGAAGCAGGCGCUCAUUGCCAUGUAUGGUGCCUACGCGGUGAUCCCCAUGCUGCUGGCCCUCAACAUGGCACUCUGCAGGGUGCCCUUCCCGGCAGCCAAGAAGAAGAAGACCGCGUGA